AUGUCUGGAGUCGACAGAACUGAGAAUGUCUCACCUACACCUUCAACGUCAUCGGCAUCGUCGAAUGUGUCCGCUGCUGCAAGUUCAGGCUCAUGGACAUCUUUUUUGAAGUCAAUUGCAUCUUUUAAUGGAGACUUGUCCUCGUUGACAGCUCCACCUUUUAUUUUAUCGCCCACGUCUUUGGUUGAAUAUUCGCAAUACUGGGCUGAGCAUCCAGAUUUGUUGUUGGCUCCCACAAAACUUGUUACAACAGAAGACGCGGGAAAAGAUACUAUAGAGGCAAUGACAUUGAAAAGGAUGAUUGCUGUAACCAAAUGGUUUAUUUCUACUUUGAAAUCCCAAUAUUGUUCUAGAAACGAGAGCAUGGGAAGUGAAAAGAAGCCAUUGAAUCCAUUCUUGGGUGAGGUUUUUGUUGGCAAAUGGGAAAACAAUGGCAAUGACUUGGGCGAGACUUUUCUUUUGAGUGAACAAGUGAGUCACCACCCUCCUGUUACUGCUUACGCUAUCGAGAAUUUAAAGAAUAAGGUGCUUUUACAAGGAUACAAUGGAAUCACAUCGAGCAUUUCCACAACAUCGAUCAAUAUUAAGCAAUAUGGACAUGCGUUAUUGGAUUACGAUGAUUUGAAAGAGAGCUAUUUGGUCACGUUGCCACCUUUGCACAUUGAAGGGUUGAUUACUGCUGCCCCCUUUGUCGAAUUGGAAGGCACGUCAUACAUCCAAUCGUCCAAUGGAUAUUUCACAGUUAUUGAAUAUAGCGGCAGGGGAUGGGUUUCAGGUAAAAAAAACACAUUCAAGGCUAGAAUAUACAGAGAUCAAAUAGCCAGCUCGUCAAAGGAGAAUGCUUUAGUCACCAUCAGCGGACAAUGGUCGGGCAAGUCGUAUAUUGGUAAAGGUAGCUCAACUCCAAGCUCCAAAAACUCCGAACUUUUCUACGACGCAAAGACAGCCAAUGCCGAGCACUUGACAGUAAAGCCAAUUGAGGAUCAAGAAGAUACUGAGUCGAGAAAGGCAUGGCAAAAAGUUGCUGAGGCCAUUAGAAAGUCAGAUUAUAAUUUAAUUCACCAAGAAAAAUCAUUGAUUGAAAACCAACAAAGGGAGUUGAGGAAAGAGGAGCGAGAAACUGGGAAGCAAUGGCAAACUAGAUGGUUCAACCAAGUUGACUACAACAACAAGGGAGAAACUGACACCAACUUGACUCAACCGGACGAAUUUGUAAACUUGACUAAUUUAGCCAAUUUAUCGAUUUACAACGCACCACUGGGCUCUUUGAAGAAAUCAAAGUACGAUAACGGAGAUGCUAAGCAUUGGAGAUUCAGCCCUGAAAAAUGGAAAGAGCACCCAAUAAAUUUAUAA